AUGAGAGGAGAGUAUGAACUGAGUAUGUCCAGAUAUUGUUCGAAAUACGGAGAAAAGUCUAACGCAGGAAUAGUCAUCUUGUUUAUUGUGGCUGCCUAUUCACUGGUGAGGUUCUUUCUGACUACUGUUGAUGGAGUUGAACAGCCCAAGGAGAAGGAACUGAAGGAGAGAAUUGCGGCUUGGCGAGACACAUCCGGUGCCAGAGAGAGCAUCAGAGAAGCCCUAGGGAAACUGAAAGGAUUCAGAGAAGCCCAAGGAGAACUGAAAGGAUUCAUAGAAGCCCCAGGAGUACUGAAAGGAUUUAGAGAAGCCCCAGGAGAACCGAAAGGAUUCAGAGAAGCCCCAGGAGAACUGACAGGAUACAGAGAAGCCCCAGGAGAACUGAAAGGAUUUAGAGAAGCCCCAGGAGAACUGAAAAGAUUCAGAGAAGCCCAAGAGGAACUGGAAAGAUUCAAAGAAGCCUCAGAAGAACUUAAAGGAUUCAGAGAAGCCCCAGGAGAACUGAAAGGAUUCAGAGAAGCCGCAAAGAACUGA